AUGGAGCGGUGCGCACUUUUCUGGAAGUCGAAUAAGUUCGGGAACCACGGACGGCAACGUGAUCCGUGUGGAUUUUCGUUUUUUGCCUCGACGUCUCACGACGAAACUCAGCUACAGCUUGAGUCAAACCAGGACUAUGAUAUAUUCGAGCGGGGUGGGAGGGCGUUGGCAGUGUCUCUUGACAUUGCUAAUGCCUUUAAUAGCCUUCCAUUUGGCGUGAUCAGGGAGGCCCUUGAAUUUUUCGGGGUUCCCCUGUACUUGCGCCGAAUAGUAGGGAGCUAUUUGGAAGGACGACAGGUGGCAGUUGUGAACGGACAGGGUGAAAUCGUUCGCCAUCCGGUGUUGUGCGGGGUUCCACAGGGAUCAGUUCUGGGACCGUUUCUGUGGAAUAUUAGCUAUGAUUGGGUGCUGCGAGGUGCACUGCUUCCUGGGAUGCGCCUCUUCUGCUAUGCAGAUGACACUCUAGUCGUGGCGAGCGGAGGGUCAUUUGGGGAGGUGGCUCAGCUUGCGAUGGCCGGUACUAGGCUGGUUGUUGGUCGGAUCCAAGCCCUGGGUCUCAGGGUGUCCCUUGACAAAACGGAAGCCCUGCUAUUUCAUGGCCCGAGGAUGGGUCCUCCUUCGGGGGCGGCAUUGGUGGUUGAAGGCGUUAGGAUUUCAGUGGCCUCCUCCAUGAAGUAUCUUGGUCUUGUUCUAGAUGGUCGCUGGAAUUUCGAGCCCCAUUUUAAAUCUCUCGAGGGGAGACUUGUUAGGGCAGCAGGAGCACUUGGCAAGCUCUUGCCUAAUCUUGGAGGCCCAUGCCAGAGCGUGCGCCGGCUGUACUGCGGAAUCAUUCGCAGUAUGGCCCUGUACGGGGCCCCCAUUUGGGACGACGCGCUGAUCAGGCGGACGAACCGUACACCUGUACACACUACAGGACAACGUCUGUCGGGUCCGCGAGAUUAA